AGCUGGUACUUUUUCCCAGUACAUUUGCUGCCACUGUUCAGAUAUCUAGACAUGUUCUAAUGUUCCCCUGGUAUGAAGGGCUGAUAUUUAUUUCUCUCUGUAGUGACAGAGUUAAAGUUCUGGAGAGAGAGCAAUCAGAAAAAGACAUUGAGAUCAGAAAGCUUAAGGCAGAGAGUGGCGCUGUCCUUCGUAUUGAACUGGAUGUUUGUAAGCAACAGCUGGAUCUGGAGAGAAGCCAUAGAGCCGCUCUGCAGGAUAGAGUUGGGCAGCUGGAGUCCAGGCUCAGAGCUGAGGAACAGGGUGCUGAGGUUCUUGAGAACAAUGUGGAUAUCCAGAGAUCUCAGUCCUUUAAUGAGAGGUCAGCAUCAGAUGAAGCCAGGUCACAAAUUGUAAACCUUCAACAAGAGCUGGAAAAGGAGAAAGAAGUAAGGGCGCAGAAAGAUGACAUAAUAUUAUUAUUGAGAGAGGAACUAGAAGAGCUGAAGCACAAGAAGCCUGGGGAGAUUAAGGCAUCUUUGGAGGAGGUGGACUCAGAGCUGAUUUUCGUCCGCGAGGAACUUCAGAAAGUAUGGGACAUGUUGAAGAUAAAAGACACAGAGCUGGAGGAGCAGUAUCAAGAACUGAAGUCUGCUCGGGGUCAGUACACGGAAUGCAGCAAUGAGAACCUUAGGCUGGAGCAGUUGGUGGUCUCAUUGCAGAAGCAGCUGACAGAGUCGGAGCAAACAGUGAAACGUCUCAAGCACAUGAGGGAAGUGGAAAAAACAGAGCUGGAUAUUGAAAGGUCAUCACUGGAGCUAAAGCUGGCAGAGGCACGGGAGCAGGCUGAGGAGGCUUCAUCCCAAACUGGGCUGAAGAGACCAAAGGAAGUCCAAGCUGCAGAAGGUUCCCACCUGAAGUGUGCUCGCUGUGACGUCUUCCUGCUACAACUAGACAAGGCCAUCAAGGGAUGCCAGGGACGCAAUGUGGAGUUACAGGAGGAGAAGAGCCAGGUGUUGGCGUCAUUACAUCAGCUGCAGGAAAUAUUAAAGGAUGUUUCUAAGCAGACAAAAAUGAAUGAGAAUGUGGCUCAAACCUUACAGGUGGACAAUGAGACUCUAAAAAAGCAGCACAAUUUGGUUACAGAGCAGCUCAAAAAUUUGUUCAAAGAGAAGCAAAAUCUGGGAAAAGCCUACAACAAACUCCCUAAGGAGGAGAUACCAAAGGAGGAAUGGGCUGUUAAGUCAAAACUGGUUAAGAAUGUGUUAAGCGCUAUCAAAGACAAUGAAAGACAUCAGGAGGAGCUUGGUGGUCAGAUAGAUCAACUACAAGAAAAUGAAGCCCAGAAAAAAGAAAUGAGAAGCCUAGAGAGGCAGCUUGAUGAAAAGUCAGACCAGAUAUCCUCUAUGGCGUCUGAAAUCAAAACAUUACGAGAAAAAAAUGAGUCUUUGAUGAAAGCUAAACUGCGUUUCCAGCAGCAGGUCCAGCAAAUAAGGAGCAUCUCUCAGCCACACCAUGAAAAGGAGCUGACAGACCCUUCUGUUCCCCGGCUGUCUGCUGACCCAGUUGAUGCCCACCAAAGUAUUAAAGCAGAGUUUAUAUUGUCUGGGAGCCAAGAGUCAUUGGCUGCUUCAGCUGAAAGCCAAGCAUCAUUUCAAUGUCCAUCCGAGGGAUCUUUGACAGCAUCCCCCCAAAACUCAAGGCCUGGAACCCCCUUAAAUCCCAAAGUUCAUGGAUCACCAUUGAGACCCAUCUUUCCAGGGACUGCAAUGAAAAGUUGGAAAAGGUCCUCAGAAGUAUCUCUGUUAAGUCCAAGGAGUCAGGCUGACAGCGAGGCUACAAAUGAUACACAGGGUUCCCUCACUCCUAGGGCAUCUGCUCUGCUUUCUCCCAGACCAUACCGCCCUCAGAAGACCAUACAGACCUUUAAAUUUAGAGAUAUCCAGGAACAAUCAAUCAACUGA